GUGUAUUUUAUUAAUAUCCUAACACUCCUUGUUCCCAUUUUAAUCGCUAUAGCCUUCCUCACGCUAGUAGAACGCAAAAUCUUAGGAUAUAUACAAUUACGAAAAGGCCCUAACAUCGUAGGCCCAUAUGGCAUUCUACAACCAUUUGCAGAUGCCAUAAAACUAUUUAUAAAAGAACCAAUACGUCCUUUAACAACCUCAAUCUCCCUGUUUAUUAUUGCCCCAACCCUAUCACUUACAUUAGCACUAAGCCUAUGAGUUCCAUUACCAAUACCUCACCCACUAAUUAACUUAAACUUAGGAAUUCUAUUUAUUUUAGCAACAUCCAGUCUAUCAGUUUACUCCAUCUUAUGAUCUGGGUGGGCCUCAAACUCUAAAUACUCCCUAUUUGGGGCACUACGAGCUGUAGCUCAGACAAUUUCAUAUGAAGUAACUAUAGCUAUUAUCCUAUUAUCAGUCCUACUAAUAAGCGGGUCCUACUCCCUACAAACACUAAUUACAACUCAAGAACACUUAUGACUCAUUAUUCCAGCCUGACCUAUAGCCAUAAUAUGAUUUAUCUCAACCCUAGCAGAAACUAAUCGGGCUCCCUUCGACCUGACCGAAGGUGAAUCAGAACUAGUAUCAGGGUUUAAUGUAGAGUAUGCAGCCGGUCCAUUCGCUUUAUUCUUUAUAGCAGAAUAUACUAACAUUAUUCUUAUAAACGCCCUAACAACUGUUAUUUUCUUAGGACCACUACACUACAUUAAUAUCCCAGAACUCUAUUCAAUCAAUUUCAUAACAGAAGCCCUACUAUUAUCAUCUGCAUUCUUAUGAAUCCGAGCAUCUUACCCACGCUUUCGUUAUGAUCAACUUAUACAUCUCCUAUGAAAAAACUUUUUACCUCUAACGCUAGCACUAUGUAUAUGGCAUAUCUCCUUACCUAUUUUUCUAGCGGGGACCCCCCCGCUCAUAU